UAUCUUGCCAUCCGUCUCUUGCACAACGCUCAGUCUACUACAUUCCUCCCACUCAACUCGCUCCUUCCUCUGCACCAGCCAGCCAGCCAAUCGACCUCGUGUUUCACUACACUGCACUACCACCAUCUCGCUCACCAUUGCUACCAACAAUCCCGCCGCAGACAUGGGUGGCAGCACUGAGCAUAUAGUCGGCCACGGCUACCUCUCCCUUGGCCAGGCCGUCAACGUUGCUCAGAACAGUGAAGGUGGUGUCGACCAGCGCCUGGCUCAAUUUCUCGAAAAACGCCUUGCCGAAGUCUGGGCAAAACUAAACGCUCAUCCCGGAUCCUACGUUCUUCCUCCAGACGAGUUUGCCCUCUUGAACUACUACCGCACACGGUUUGGAGACAACGAGAUCGUACGAAACGCCACUAGGCGCUUUUGGGACAAUCACAAGGGCACCCAAUAGCCCGCCCGCCCCGUUUCUUCUUCUUCCCGCCCCACCCAACCACAACCACAGCAAGCCUUCUCGCACCGUGCCAGUAUUUAACUUU